UAUAUAUUUUUUCCGAAUGAUCUUCUAAAAGAAAAAUAAAAAAAUAUACAUAUCCUGGGAGAGAGCAAGUGCGAGACAUGUUGCAGAAUAUUGCGUCCUCGUUGCGUUCCUUUUCGAGUCAUAAUAUCGGGUGCCAUGGACACUCCAAUGGAAAACUUAAAUAAUUGGGAUAGAAGAAGAGAAAACUUAUACUGCGAGUGCGAGACAUGUUUCAGAACAUUGCCGUCCUCGUUCCUCUUCCGAUCAUAUCUUCCAUGGACUCUCUGAAGGAAAAUUUCUCCUGAACUUCCAAAUCCAUAUAGAGUACCGUAUAUGAAGCCCAACCAAUCACAAAUAACGGCACAUCAAACACCUAUCAACGGACGAUGCAAGCGCUUUCUCUUUUAUAAAAUAUAUGGGGUGUGUUGAUGUGCGAAGAAUAUCAUGUUGCAGUGCCUAGAGGUAUUUAAGGAUCUGUUUGCUGUCCUGCUGGGGUGUUGUGAGGCACAACCAACAGGCCCAAUAGAUCCAGAAGCUCUUGCGCGGGUGACAGUUUUUAGUGUAAGUGAAAUUGAAGCAUUAUAUGAGCUAUUUAAGAAGAUCAGCAGUGCUGUCAUUGAUGAUGGGCUGAUCAACAAGGAAGAGUUUCAGUUUGCUUUAUUCAAGACAAACAAAAAGGAAAGCUUGUUUUCUGAUCGGGUGUUUGAUUUGUUCGACACAAAACACAAUGGAAUAUUAGGUUUUGAGGAGUUUGCACGUGCUAUGUCAGUCUUUCACCCCAGUGCACCACGUGAUGAUAAGAUUGAAUUUUCUUUUCAACUAUACGAUCUCAAGCAGCAAGGAUUCAUUGAGAGACAAGAGGUAACUGUCUUAGUAGCUAGAAAUAUUAAUUCAUGGUUGAGAUCUAAUGCAAGUCAGUUGAUAAUGUUAGGUUACUGA